UCCCUGGAAAACACAAGAAAGGGAGGAGAAAGGGCUUUUCUGCUGGGGGGAAGUCCAGUCGUCGCCUUUGGCUCGAAUUCACAGCCUGAGUUCAGGUUGUAUAAUGACUGCUAUUUUCUCCUGCUGCAUCUGAGGGAGCAUUUCCUCUGAAAUGUGUGGAGGGAAAGGAGGAGGCCACACUGCUGAUUUAGACUGCAGUCUAAAUCCAAGAGGGCAGGGGACCCAGAAAACGCAAUGACAAUCAUUGAUUAGUAGUGUUCCCUGCCCUCAACGACUGACUGAGUCAUCAAGCAAGGAGCAUGGUUUCGAUUUCAGUUCCUUUUAUCUCAAUUUGUGUUUGGGCGGCUGUUACUUUGCCACUUCUAACAGUGGCUGCUCCAAGGAGCCUGGAGCAGUAGGAAGCUCAGGGAAAGAACUAAGUUGGCUGAGGACUGUCCCUGUUACAGAGCCAGUGCCUGGGUGAGUAACCACAUGUGUUUCUCUCAACAGACGCUGCCGGCGAAAUUGCCAGGACAUCUCCAUUCUGGGGUGGCAGACUCACCCUGGUGGGCAAGCCAGUGCAAGCUGCAGACCUCACAGGGUCUUGUGGCCAUUUGCAGAGCGCCACCUGGCGGGCCAAGCGUGCAUGGUUCUGCAGCUUCCGAGUGGACCAUGGAGGCACCCAUUUGUCUGGUGGAAAAUUGGAAAAAUCAGCUGACAGUAAAUCUGGAAGCCAUAAGGAUUCUUGAGCAGAUAGCACAGCCUCUGGUGGUGGUGGCCAUUGUUGGUUUAUAUCGUACAGGGAAGUCCUACCUCAUGAAUCGUCUUGCAGGACGGAACCAUGGCUUCUCCUUGGGCUCCACAGUGCAAUCCGAAACCAAGGGUAUCUGGAUGUGGUGUGUGCCCCAUCCCACCAAGCCAACACACACCCUGGUCCUUUUGGACACUGAAGGCCUUGGUGAUGUAGAAAAGGGUGACCCUAAGAAUGACUCGUGGAUCUUCGCCCUGGCUGUGCUUCUGAGCAGCACCUUUGUCUACAACAGCAUGAGCACCAUCAACCAGCAGGCCCUGGAGCAGCUGCAUUUUGUGACUGAAUUAACACAGCUAAUCCGGGCAAAAUCGAGCCCCAGAGAGGACAAAGUGAAGGACUCCAGUGAGUUUGUAGGUUUCUUCCCAGACUUUAUCUGGGCUGUUCGAGAUUUUGCUCUGGAGCUGAAGUUAAAUGGUCGGCCCAUCACAGAAGAUGAGUACCUGGAGAAUGCCCUGAAGCUGAUCCAAGGAGACAAUCUCAAAGUCCAACAGUCCAACAUGACCAGAGAAUGUAUCAGAUAUUUUUUUCCGGUACGGAAGUGCUUUGUCUUUGACAGGCCCACAAGCGACAAACGUUUAUUGCUCCAAAUUGAAAAUGUUCCAGAAAACCAACUGGAACGGAAUUUCCAGGUUGAAUCAGAAAAAUUCUGUUCCUACAUCUUCACCAACGGCAAGACCAAGACUCUGAGAGGGGGAGUCAUUGUCACAGGAAAUCGGCUGGGGACUUUGGUGCAGACCUAUGUGAAUGCCAUCAACAGUGGGACUGUGCCUUGUCUGGAGAACGCAGUGACAACCCUGGCCCAGCGUGAGAACUCCAUAGCUGUGCAGAAGGCAGCUGACCACUACAGUGAGCAGAUGGCCCAGCGAAUGAGGCUCCCCACAGACACGCUCCAGGAGCUGCUGACUGUGCAUGCAGCCUGUGAGAAGGAAGCCAUUGCUGUCUUCAUGGAGCACUCCUUCAAGGAUGAUGAGCAGGAGUUCCAGAAGAAGCUGGUGGUCACCAUAGAGGAAAGGAAGGAAGAGUUCAUACGACAGAACGAAGCAGCAUCUAUUCGUCACUGCCAGGCUGAACUGGAGAGGCUUUCAGAGUCCCUGAGGAAGAGCAUCUCCUGUGGAGCUUUCUCUGUUCCUGGGGGUCACAGCCUCUACUUAGAAGCCAGGAAGAAGAUUGAGCUGGGCUACCAGCAAGUGCUGAGGAAGGGAGUGAAGGCAAAAGAGGUUCUCAAGAGUUUCCUACAGUCACAGGCUAUUAUGGAGGACUCUAUCUUGCAGUCAGACAAAGCUCUUACAGAUGGAGAGAGAGCCAUAGCAGCUGAGCGGACAAAGAAGGAAGUGGCUGAGAAGGAACUAGAGCUGCUGAGGCAGAGACAGAAGGAGCAAGAGCAAGUGAUGGAGGCUCAGGAGAGAAGCUUCCGAGAAAACAUUGCUAAACUUCAGGAGAAGAUGGAGAGCGAAAAGGAGAUGCUGCUGAGGGAGCAGGAGAAGAUGCUGGAGCACAAGCUGAAGGUCCAAGAAGAACUGCUUAUUGAAGGAUUCAGAGAGAAAUCUGAUAUGUUAAAGAAUGAAAUAAGUCACCUGAGAGAAGAGAUGGAAAGAACAAGAAGGAAACCCUCACUGUUUGGUCAAAUCCUUGACACCAUUGGCAAUGCGUUCAUUAUGAUUUUACCAGGAGCUGGUAAACUAUUUGGUGUGGGGCUGAAAUUCCUCGGCUCACUAAGUAGUUAGUCUAAAGAGUUUCUGGGAAGGAAUUUAUAAAAUCCAGGCUUCUGUUAUUUUGAUACCAAACUUUUUGCUGUGAUUUUUAAGUACACAUUCUAGUUUAAUAACCACGGUUACAAAGAAAGUAAGAACUUCCAUUAAUAGCUAAAUUGUCAGAUACUGCUUCCUCGGAGUCUAAUUCUGUGUCAGUUCAUUACCUAUUAUAUUUAAGGUUAAAGAUACAAACCAAUGAUUGAAGAAUAUAAGGGUCUGGCGUCCAUAAAUCCUGUCAAAUUUCAGUGAUGUUAUCUAAAUAAUAAAGAGGGAGGCCAGUCAGAAUAUAGUGAAAUUAUUUCUAGAAAAGAUGUAAGUAAAUCAAACAGAAACAUGGCCAAAUGAAGACACAUUGGCAUAUGUAUCCCAGUUGUACACUACAGAUAAAUUGUUAAAAAGAGCUCUUGUUAAAACGCACAAGUGGGUUUUCAUAAGAGAAUGUAUGAGGAAAAUGUUUGAUUGAUAAUAAAAGGCAUGCAGAUUAAAAUAAUGAA